GUCUGUCUUCCCCCACUCAAACUCAACAAUCCAUCUUCGCCUAUCUUCUCCUAUCGCUGUCGCAAACAUGGCCAGCAACAUCCCCGCCGGCCUGAAAUCCGCAGACAUUGGGCGCUUUGCUGUCAGGGCCGCCCAGCUGGAACGCGUGAAACCAGUUAUUGCCUAUUGGUGUAACUUCUGGAUCGUCAACCAAAUUAUCGAAAAGGGCCUACAUUCCGAUGACGAAGUUAAGCUAUACACGACAAACCUUGUGGACAAGUUGGAGACCUUCAAGGAAGAGAACCCCGAUAAUGACACUGUGACGGAUGCGGUUGCCGCCAAUGCCUACGUGGAGGAGUUCGGUCUGGAGAUCUUCGCUCGAGCCGAGGCAACCAUGAGAGCCAACAAGGUGACGAAGCAAACUGCAGAUACAUUCCAGGCGGCCGCGACAUUUCUUGAACUUUGCCAGAUUUGGCACACCCCGGAGCCCGAACUAGCUGUCAAGAUCAAGUUCGCCAAAUAUCAUGCGCUGAGGAUUGCGAAGGCCAUCAAGGCUGGCGAGGACCCUAAUGAGACGAAUCCAGUCAUUGAAGAGGAUAAUCUCGAGCCGAAGGAGGAUGAUCCCGAAGUGCAGGCGAUCGUUCAGUCCCUUCCUCCAGCGGACCCUGAAGCUCUACCAGGACGGCAGCCGUCGGUGGAAGAUGUUCCCGAUGAACCUUCAGCGCAACCCUCAGGAUCGACUCCCACCCUACCACAAGUCCCGACGUCUUUUGCCGACAUCCAGCCGCCUCAUCAAAAUGCGCCGUCUCCGGCCAUGGACCUUGAUCACGACCAAGGAGCGCCGUUGAACCUUCCCUCAGCGCCAGACACAUUCGCAUCCUCCGCAUCCGCGCCGAACCUACCUGAUACCCCAACACAGAUUGGCAGGCACCACUCGUCUGGGGAUCCCAACGCAUUCCAAUCUUUCCCGCCCCCAUCCUCCAGUCCUGAUAGAAGCCCCGCAGGAACGCCUUUCGAUGCCAAAGCUUUUUACAACCAAAGCGGACCACCUUCUCUUCCCGCGCAAACAUCACCGGGGCCACUGCCUGUGGUGUCACGUCCCACACCCCAUUCAGUGCCUUCAACAGCCCAUAUACCCGUAGCUCCUACGCCGAGUCAAGCGAAUACGCCGGCGGUGGAUGAUAAUGCUAUUGCGCAGGCUCAGAAACAUGCCCGCUGGGCGGUCUCUGCCCUGACUUUUGACGACGUGAACACUGCUAUUAAGGAGCUUAAAAACUCACUCAAACAACUUGGGGCUGAGUAGAGGCCUGUGCCAGGUGGAGCGUGAGACAAGAAAAUGUUUUCUGGUGAGACCUUGUCAGUUGCAUGGGAGGCAUUUGGACCUUCUUAUUUCUUCAUGACGAGCUCUUUCUAUCUUCUCAGUCUUUUCCAAUCUUUUUGGACGAUGAUCAUGACAGCAUUAUUCCCCUUGUUCCCAUUAUGACCCCCAAGAAAUAGAAUUCACUGUGGAGGUGAAUCUGCAAUAUCGAGC